GACAAGAUGACAAUUCAUAUUUUUACCAAAGGAUGCAGUGAGUCAUCUUAUUAACUCCACUGAAGUACAUGCUUGGCAAUAGAACUGCCACGUUAGCCAACUGACUUCACAAUGACCGAGGGCUUAGACCACAGGUUCAGUAGUCUCACCUGGGAUCAGAUUAAAAUUCUGGAUCAAGUGUUAACUGAGGUAAUACCCAUUCAUGGAAGAGGAAAUUUUCCAACGCUGGAAGUAAAACCAAAGGAUAUCAUCCGCGUGGUGAAGGAACAGCUCCUCGAGAAGCAGAUCGCUGUUCGCGACAUCCGCCUGAACGGUUCCACUGCGAGUCACAUCCUCGUGAAGCAGAAUGGAACCAGCUACAAGGACCUAGACAUCAUUUUUGGCGUUGAACUCCCGAGCGAACUCGAGUUCCAGGUCGUUAAAGAGGCAGUCCUAAACUGCCUGUUGGACUUUCUGCCAAAAUGUGUUAAUAAGGAAAGAAUCACUGCUCAGACCAUGAAAGAUGCCUACGUGCAGAAGAUGGUCAAAGUCUCCAACGAACACGAUCGCUGGAGUCUCAUCUCACUGUCCAACAACAGUGGCAAGAACGUAGAAUUAAAGUUUGUUAACUCGCUCAGACGGCAGUUUGAGUUUAGUGUCGACUCCUUCCAAAUAAUCCUGGACUCCAUGUUAAGUGUUUACAGAGAGACAGACUGCAAGCUGACAGAAGACUCUCACCCCACGGUUAUUGCAGAGAGCAUGUAUGGAGACUUCAACGAAGCAAUGGACCACCUAAAGUACAAACUUAUUUCCACCAGGAACCCUGAGGAAAUCAGAGGAGGCGGCCUCCUGAARUACAGCAAUCUCCUCGUCCGUGACUUUAAGCCAGCAGAUGAGGCYGAAAUUAAAUCUCUGGAACGUUAUAUGUGUUCCAGGUUCUUCAUUGAUUUUCCAGAUGUUGCUGAGCAGCAGAGGAAAAUUGAGUCAUAUCUGCGCAACCACUUCAUUGGGGAAGAGAAAAGCAAGUAUGACUACUUGAUGACUCUGCACGGAGUUGUAAACGAGAGCACUGUCUGCCUCAUGGGACACGAACGAAGACAAACUCUGAACAUGAUUACAAUUCUGGCUUUAAAAGUACUUGGAGAACAAAACAUCAUCCCCAAUGCCGCCAAUGUAACAUGCUACUAUCAGCCUGCUCCGUAUAUCAGUGACAGAAACUUCAGCAAUUACUACAUUGCUCACGGACAAGCCCCCGUCAUCUACCAGCCAUACCCAUUUCACAUACCCGUGCAGAGCGGCAUGGUGUAGUAAGGCAGUACCUUCCUCAGCACUUACACCCUCUCUCUUCCCACUCCUCUCCAUAAUAAAGGCCUCAUUAAAACACGUUUUAUCAUCACUUUUGAUUUCAGGACUUCUUUUUGUGCAAGUUGCCAAUGUUACCUGGCAGGGCCCUGUUGAAAUCACUAUUACGCGGAUCACAAAAUGAGUAAGAUUGCUAGCAUUCUUCCUGAUGUGUUUGUAUCCCUAAAUGCGCUUGGGCUGUACUUGUCUUUGGACAAAAGGAGAUGGAUAUAAAUGAUUCUGAUUUUGUACAAUGAAGUGCACUAAGUUCUAGGACCUGAAACAAUCUUAAUCAAAAUUUAAAUAAUGAAAAAUUAAGCCAAUAAAAUACCUCUCAGUAGAAACGGCUGAUUUUAAAAAUGACAGUGUUCUGGAUACRGGGAACUGACAGGAUCAUCCAUCAGUUAUAUCCAUAUCCAUUCGGCACAUUUUGAAAAUGCACGUUGGUCUCUUGGUAGCUCUGCUCUGUCGGUCUGAUAACUCCCAGUAGAGACUUGAGGCCAGGACCUCGCUGGGAUGGUUGGCAGAGAGCACCCUGCCAAGAGCAAACACACCAUUCCUGAGGAUCCGGGAUCUCCACUGAGGGGGAGAUCUCACUGUAACAUCCGAUC